AUGAGUACAGACGCUGCUGCUGCGCAAGCCCAAGAUAAAAUAGAUUCUACCAAGAAGAAGAAUGAGGAAGUAAAUAAAAGAUCGCUUGAAGAAGACGAUGCAUUUGAAGAUUUUCCUAUUGAUACAUGGGCCAAUGGUGAAACAAUAAAAAGCAACACAGUAACGCAGACAAACAUAUGGGAGGAAAAUUGGGAUGAUGUUGAAGUUGACGACGAUUUCACGAAUGAAUUAAAGGCCGAAUUGGAUAGAUACAAACUAGAAAAUCAACCAUGA